AUGGCUAAAUUAUUCUGUUUCGCUUUAGUGUUCAUGUGUAUGAGCGGCGUGGCAUUAGGUCAUGGUGGCGGUGGACACGGAGGAGGUGGAGGGCUUCUGAGUCUAAUUCAAGCAAUUGUUCCUCAAGUAAGUGUUUGCACGAAUACAACAGCAUUUUCGACGCUUCUUACAAAUGUUUUUACUACUUGUCAAGCAACUCCAAGUUGUAAUGCUGUUUUAAUAACAGAAUUACCUAAUACGGCUGCAUAUUGGAACAAUCCAACUAGCAAAGCAUUAUUAACUACCAAUUGCCCGACUUUUAUUGCUAAUUUCGUAACAGCUCUAACAGCAGACUCAACUGCUGAAUGUGCUAAACAAAAAAUUUACAGUGAUUUGAAUAAGCAAAUACAUCAAGCAGGACAUACCGCAACUGGUAGUGUCGGACAUAAUGAGUUGGAUUUUAAAGACAGCUGUGGUUGUCAUUAA